AUGUGGGUAUGGUUUCUGGUGGCAGGAGUGCUGCAGGCGAACUGCGAGAAGGUGCUGAUGAAGAUGUUCGCCGACGUCGGCAUCGGAAUCCACUGUCCUUCUGGUUGGAAGAGUUCUUCUGAAGAGUUCCUAAAUGAUUUCUCAGGAAACAAGGUCUACGUCCAUCCGAUCAGCGGCGACCUGCAGCUUUGUAAGCAGCAACUCGGCGUUUACAACGAGACGAGUUGUCCUGGAGGGACAGCUUGCGAAAGAUUUCCCAUUCUGAUUCCUGGCUUCCAGGUAGGUCUUUAUUCUUUUUUUUCUGUUCGAAAACAUCCAAGCUUUGUCAUUAUUGUUAGUUAUCUGAUCUGGUGAGGUCACACCAGGAUUUCGAAAUUAAACUUUGUUCCUUGUUUUAUCCCGUUUUUUCGCUUAAAAACAGCUGGGAAGGUUCAUAUAGAGAAGCACAAGCUUGCUCAAUGAAAGGUAAACGACAUUAAAAAAAUCAUACAUUUGCUUUAAAUUUCUUCUAAUUCAAUAAUGUGCUCAAAAAAAAAAUCGAACUUCUUAUCAAAAAUGCUUACUACGGAAUUUGAAAAUCUCAUUUUUUCGAUCUUAUCAAUCAUUUUCUAUGCUUUUUUGUAUUUCUAAUAUGCCUUCUCUACUGAAAAAGUAAGAAAUAAUUGUUUUUUCAAGGACUACUGCUGCUGGUCGGAUGACGCUUCUGACAAUGAAGAGGUCAUUGUCGGCACUACAAGUGAGAUUCCAUCAGAUUUUUCCCUGGUUCACCUUCGAUGAAAAGUUUUCCAGCAGCGGUACCAAGAGAACUGUUCCCCUUCACGGAAGGUCCACGUAAAGAACGUCCUGUCGUGGAUGCGCUCAUCGAAAAGCCAGAAGAAGAAGAAGGUUUUUUGCUUCAAUUUCUAUAGCUCACUCGUUUUCAUGUUCAAGUCAAUAUUCAAGAGUCAAUAUUUCCUGCCAUCAGAAGGCCUGAUGAUAAGGGCGGAGAUAUAACGGAUGAUGAAGGUAUCGAGAAACUCUUUCCAGAGAUCUUAAGGUAUUCGAUUUUAGAUAUAGAAUGGGAGUUUGAAACUACAAAACGACCAAAAAAGCCGCGAAGUCGGAAAGUGACAACGACGACCACAGAGGAGCCCAUCACUACCACCACCACUAAAAAGUUGAGAUUUCCCAGUCAUCCUAAAUUUCCUUCCUUUUUUCAGAGCAGCGACCCGAAGACUUCCUCGCUGCAACGAUCCAGAUCAAUCCGUCUUUAUCGAUUUUGGAAAUCGACUCAGAGACUGCUACUUUCAGGUUUUUUUUCCUUGUUCCAGCUUCUCAAUGAGAUUCAAGCAGGGUUUCAGAUCGAAUCUCAGGCUUUAGUCAAAAGUUCAUUCCAAAAAUGAUAUUAUGUACAGUUCAUGAACACUUCCUUUUUUGAAAUGACCUUUUCUUUCUUCUAAUCGAAGUGUUCAGAACUCGUUUCGUAGAUCUCUAUGAAAAUUGGAGAUCACAGAUUUGAAAUCGGCACUAAGAAUUCGGGGAAAAUCAGACAACAGAAUUUUUUCAUUGAAGCAAUGCCUUCGUGGGUACAAGUGCGAGUUCAAUCGUGAGAUUCGUCGUUUCAUUUGCUGCGGGAAGCAAAGCGUCGAAGUUCCGCCAGCAGGUAGGACAACACGAAAAAAAAAAGAGUUUUGACAUUUUCUCUGAUUAUUUCCAUUUUUUUAUGAUCAGUUUUUUUAUUGAAACUGAUUGAGUUUUUCAAACAGUGGAUGAACUAGAAUUCGGAAAAUUCAUCAUUUAUUUUUUGAGUCGUUUUAAAUUCUCAACGAGUUUCUGCAUUCUUCAUUUGAAGCUCCUUCAGCCUUUUUUUUCCAGGACUACCUCCGAUUCCUGCGCCGGUUCCCAUCAUCUCACGUCCGUUCCGACCUGGUCCUCGUCCUUUCGGAAUGAUCAACGACGGAGACCCAGUUCCUGAGUCGACGACGCCCAAGACAGUACUGACCGUCUGGAACAAGAGGGAAAAGGAUGAGCAUGGAAGAGAAAGAAGGAUUCGGAAGCACGAAAGAGCUGUCGAUUGGGACGACGAAGGCUGCGGCUGUGGCGGGGGCGGGGGAUAUGAGGGCGGAUACGGCUGCGGAUGUCCCUACGGCGCUUCGAGACCAGAGGAAAGGUCCGACGACUACUCUGACCUGUCUCUUCCUCAGAUCGAAGACUCUGGUCCGAGACAGAGACCGAUGGACUCUGAAACCCAGCAAAUCCCUCCUCCGACAAAUCCGAACGGCUGUCCGUUCCCCAGUCAGAACUCGUUCAACGCCGCUCCACCGCCUAGUCCUCCUGAGCCGAAACCUUUGACUGGUUGUCCCAUGGCUCCGAAAAAUGAAAACUGGAACGAGAAUGAGAACUGGCCGGCCUAUCCCAACGAAAACCAGAAUCAGAACCAAAACAGCAACAACAAUCAAAGACCAACCGGUCCCGAUAACAACUGGAACGACGAAAAUGAGCCCAACUAUCCAAAUCGGAACGACUGGAACAAUAACUAUGAGAACAUGAACAACCACCCGUCUCCAGCUGAUCCACCUGAGCCGAAGCCUGUGUGUCCUCCGAUGGCCAGAAGAAAAGGAGGAAACCAAGAGGAUAUGAAUGGGAAUGGCUGUCCUUUCCGAAGACCAGAAAACAAGAAUCCUGAGCGAGAGGAGUGGAAUCAGAACGGCUGUCCUUUCAAUCCGUCGCCGUAUCCUUUCAACUGUUGCAACAACAAAAACACGGAUUGCAACGGCAGGAACGCACCGAAACAGAUCAAUUCUCGGCCUCCGAAAGAACAAGGACCACCGAGGUCUUUCAACAAACUUCAGGCCAAUGGACCCAAGAAUAGGCCUAAUGGGAAUGGACAAAGGAACAUGACAAGCCAAGGACCUCCCAGGAAUGGUCCUCCUCCUCCUCCUCCUCGCAGACCGCCGCAGACUUUUGCCAAGCUCGAAGGUGGCAACAAACCGCAGCAGCAAAGGAUCCGUCCUAAACCUUUUGAGAAUAAUAGUGGGCCUAGAGGAAGUUUGACCGGCGGCACUCUAGAGAAUUUCGCAAAGAAAACGCCGACGCCGAGUGAAUCCAGAAUGGGAGCCGCCACUGGAUGGAGUCGAAAUUUCGGAUCUACCGGCCAGAACAGCAAGAAGAACGUUUUGCCAGCUGCUUCUGGUUCCAGCCAGCCGGAGAAUCUGAAAAAGCGACCGAGCUGGGUUGAGGAGUUCAACGACGGCUUGCCGGAGCCUCCGAAACAAGGUAGUAUUUUUGAAGUUGUGAAAGAUAAGUCUAGUAUUAGAAAUCUUGCCUACAAUUGUCAUGCCUUGAAAAAAGUCUUUUUAACUCCGACGAUUUUGAAUUUGAACCUGCGAAAUCUCCCAUUAACUGGAUGAGCUCUGUAAAAGUUCCAGAAUGUAUAGAUUUUCGAGAACUGUCUUUUCAUAGUUCAGCCAACAGGAAGUUUUGAUUUCAAACUCACAGAUUCUUCAAUUAAGUACAUCGAGUUUUUCUCAGGUUGAUUUCAGAAUAAUAUAUAGUUUUCUGAACAAUUCUUUGAAUUGGUCAUAGUUUCAUUUUCUGUAUAUUUUUUUCAAUCCAAAAAAAUUUUUCAGAAGCGCCUUCUGAGCGAUCCAAUCAGAAGCCUCCUCCUUCAGGGCCUCAUCAAGUUCAAAACCGGCCUAGGCCUCAAAACGGCCAGCCCAAAAAUCGGAAUGGUCGACCUCCAACUCCACCUAGACCGCCGCCAGUCAAGUCAGAGCCAAGAGAUCAACAGGAGAGACGUCCAAAAAAUCUUAAUCCAAAAGGACCACUACCAAGGACAGGAACGAUCCGAGUGAGGAGUUCUGGUGAGUCUCAAUUAAUAUUAAGCAUCAAAUAGAAAUGCAGAACGCGUCGCGGUCGCGCUGCGGCUUUAUUUAAAGUUUUCGUUUUCUGAAGAAUAAAGCUCGCUUUUUUAGCCAUCCUCUUUGGAAAAAAAAUGCUAAAAAUCGAUUUAUCGAGUAUAAAAAACGUCAUUGUUUUUGGCGUAACUUUUUCUGAAAUUUUCUGAAAGAAUGAUCCUUUCAAACUUCUGUUUUUCAACAGAUCCUUCAGUGGUCUGCGCAGCGGGUGCUGAAUAUCGCGAAGGUGACAGGAUACCCAAAUGCGUGCCUCCUGCCUUGGAUUCCUGUCCCUCGAGCCACAGAAGGUAUACAUUUCCAUUUUUCGUCCGAUUUUUGUUCGAAAUCGCUUGAAAGUAAAAACUAGUUCAACAGAAAUUUGAAAAAACUUCAUUUAGACACAAAGAAAGUCAUUUUAGUUUGUAGUUGGGAAUUUUCUCAAGCUCGACCAGAACACUCCUUGAUGUACCAAAAGAACAUUUUGAAAGUCUCAAUCUGCCAAAUCUUCAAGUUUUCGAGAAAAGCCCAGAAAAGUCAGUUUUAUGGAUUUUGAAGGUUUUUUUUGACUUUGAGAGAUAAUUUUUCCAAAGCUAAGAGGUUUCGCAGAUUGAGACUUUCAGAACCUUCUUCUGGUACAUCAAGACAUUUUCUAGCCAUUUUUCAGAAAAGAUUCCAAUCGCAAAGUAAAAUGACCUCCUUUGUUAGUCUGAUCACGUUGAAAAAUUUUGGAAACAUGGAGUCUUGGUAUGAAAAGAGAAAUAGCGAUUAAAGGGUAGAGAUCCAGGCGUUUUGUUCCUGUGUCCCAAGUUAGCUAGAAUGGAGUCUACAGUCGAAAGUUAGAUGGAUUGCGAAAAUGAGAAAACGGCCUUUUUUUUUUACUGAACUCUUGCCUACCAGUGCUCUCAAGCCUUUUCUUCGAAGAUUCAAUCCCUGCCACUUUCAAAUGCGGACUCUUAUAUUUGCAAAGACUAUGCAUCAAUUCGAAAAGUUGCUUAAGAGACUUCUUUGAGGUGUAUCAUGUCCCCGAAUGUCGGCUACAACGUCUGCUGCACUUCGUGA